AUGGUAAACCCAAAGAAGCUGGAGAACCCGAUGCGGGAGUUGAGAGUGGAUAAGCUUGUUAUCAACUGCUGCGUCGGCUCAAGUGGUGAUCCUCUGACCAAAGCCUGCAGAGUGCUCCAGCAACUGACCGCAACUGAGGAGAACCCUGACGGCCAGGCUGUGGUCACCUCUCGAGCACGCCUGACUAUAAGGCAGUUUGGGAUCCGUCGCGGCGAGCGCAUUUCUGCGCACGUUACAAUUCGAGGGCAGAAGGCUUUAGAUCUGUUGGAACGUGGUCUUCGGGUGCGAGAGUAUGAGUUGCACGAAUCAAACUUCUCGGAUACAGGUUGCUUUGGGUUUGGCAUCCAAGAACACAUCGACCUCGGUUUGAAAUAUGAUCCAGCCACUGGUAUCUUUGGGAUGGACUUUGUUGUUGUGUUGAAGCGACGGGGGGCACGUGUUGCUCGCCGAAGGCGCUGCCGCUCGACGGUCGGGCCGCUCCAGCGGGUAUCAAAGGAAGACGCCAUCCGUUUCUUCCAGGCCCAGUACGAUGGGAUCGUUCAUCGCUGA